UUUUGUCUUGUGACCAUGCUGGGCAAUUCGGUGACGUGGGAGAAAGUGAGCCAUCUCUCGGUGCAAGACGAGGCGCAGAUGCAAUUUCUGGACGCUCAAGCGAACCUGGCCGACGCGAAGAAGUCUGUUACACGCAACAGCCAUGGCAUUGACAUGGCAGCAGAUGGCAAGGCGAUUGGCGUGUGGCGGGUGACCGUUCUCGGGGCCGAGGACCUCAACCUUGACGGAAUCGUUGACCUCAACCUGACUGGAACCACCACAGUUGUGGGCACGGUAGCUAUCGCUGCAUCUGCUGUGGAAAAGGGCAAAUUGUACGUGCGAGCCGCCAAGACAGACCCUACCACCGUGGACAGCGUGACGAAGCGUUGUUUCUGGAACAAGGGCUCGUCCGCCACCGUUGUGUUCACGGGGAUCAAGUCCAAGGCGGCCACUGCAACGUUUACGUUGCACCAUCCCUCUCCCGUUGUGGCGGAUGUGUUUGUCGGAACUUGCAAGCUCGAUGUGGCACAGCUCCUCGACCAAGAACCUGUUUCGUUGUGGGUGCCGUUGGCAGGACCACCCGGUCAAACGUCAUCCGAGUCGUCGUACGGACGGGUGCACGUCUCGAUGACGUUCGAGUACGAUGCUGUCGCCCGCCUCGAACGCACUGUGGCGAAAUUAGCUUCUCGAAGAGAAUUCCUCGAAGCCGAAGCGCGCUUGUUCGAUCAAACUGCGCCUUUGGUUCAAGCCACGAUUCGCCAUCCUGCAGCCUUCGGCUCCGCCGCCGCCGCCGCGGGCCUGUAUAUUCCCGGCCACCGGUUUACUCCCGACGUGUUCCAUCCUGCGGCAGUUGCACGGACGCCUCUCGCGGACGGCACCAAAGUCGUCACUCCAUUUGGCAAGGGUACCGUCGUCACGUUUCGGGAAUCCACGCGCAUGUACGUUGUCCUGAUGGCGGCGUCGCCUGGCCAAGUGAAGCGAACCACAACAGCCUACCUGCGGGAAGACUCUGUCUCGGAAGAUAUCGAAGUCAAGCCGCGGCUGCGACCGGGGGUCAAGGUCUCGACCCCGUACGGCAGUGGCACCGUCGUGUCCGUACGAGCUGCCGAUGGGGUUGUGUGUGUGCAAUCUACCUUUGGGACAUUGUUCAUGCAGCCCAAGGACGUGGCGUUGGAGGGUGGCGUGCAGGUUGCAGACAUGACCAACAAGGAGCGCAUUGACGCGGCCGUCGCAAAGUCUUCGGAAGGAAACGCUGCCUUCAAGGCCGAGGCGCUGGACGAAGCUGUGACGCAAUACCUGUCGAGCCUCACCUUUCUCAAGCACGUCGACCAGGACUCGGCGUCUCACAAAGAAAAAGCCGUCGUGCUGCAAACGAUGAUUCGGUGUCACCUGAACCUGGCUGCCUGCAAAUUGAAGAAAGAAGAGCACGCCGACGCGUGGACUGCGGCCUCGAAUGCGAUUUCGAUCUUGCAAGCAUUGACUGAGAACCGCCAUGGAAAAGUUGCUGCGUGGAUGGGUCGCCUCGGCAUGACUGAAGCUCAGAUCUUCAACGAAUGGCCAAGCAAAGCACGGUUUCGCCGCGCCACUGCCCUCGUGGCGAUGGAAAAUGUCGUUGAAGCGCGACAGGAUCUUAUGGUGGCAGUCAAGUUGAUGCCGAAGGACAAGGCGUGCCGACAGCUCUUGGAUGUAGUGACCAAACGGAUUGCACUUGAAAAGGAGAAGGAAAAGUUGCGAUGGGGAGGCUUCCUCGUGAAUCCGCCCGAACAGGCGACGUCGUCGGCUUCGAGCACCCCAAAGGCCAAACCUUUACCACCCAAGUCCAAGGCAAUUAUGACAACGACGAAAUCGAUUGAUGCAGAGACCAAGAAGGAUGAGGCUGUUGCGUGGUACCAGAGCACGACCGUUCUGGCGGCGGCAUCAGUGGCGGUUGCUGGCGCAGCGGUGCUCCUCAUUGCGGGGCUUUCCAAACGGAAUAAAUAGAGUAACCAAGUAGACAACGACGGAUGUAUUGAUCGACCAAUUCAAAGUAAAAACGCCAGCCACCCAGCGAUAAACGCAAGGCCCCCAAACGGCUACAAUUUCCAUCGUGAGUCUCAGCAUGAGCAGGAAUAUCACAAGUCAAUCUUACCGUAAUGAUUCCGA